AUGUCCCUCUUCAAGCGCACGUUCAGGUCGCAAGACCCCAACGUCCGCGUGGACAAGUCGUCGAGGCUGAAGAAGUCGAGCUCGGUCCGGGAUAACCAGAAGCUGUCGAAAAUGCAACGAUCCGCCACCGACGACCAGCCCGGCUCCAUGGCCCCGCCCGUCGCCGCUCCCCGUGGCGGCGCCGCCCCGCCCGUCCCGGCCAAGGCCUCCUCCGGAGCCGGAGCCGGCAAGUCCGUCGCCCCCUCCCCCAUCGUCACCCUCACCGUCGGCCGCGAAGGCCGCUUGUUCGCCGCCCACGAAGACGUCCUCUUCCAGUCGUCCUUCUUCGAGGCCGCCUGCCGAGGUCAGUUCUUCGAGGCCCAGAGCAAGCGCAUCGCGCUCCCCGACGAAGAACCCGAAGUCUUCUCCGCCAUCCUCGAGUACCUCUACAAGGGUGACUACUACCCCCGCCUCAUGCACAACAGGCACCGCAACUCUUGGGAGCUCGAGGACGCCGUCAGAGGAACUCCCCAAACCUCCCCCAACCCCGAAUACCCCAGAGGUGGCCGCGCAGCCCCCGGCGCCUACCCGCCGACGCCCAAGUCCACAAGCAGCAAUGCGACGACGGGCACCGGCGCCGGCGCCAACAACAACGACGCCACAAUCUACAUCUCGAGCUGUGGGCAGCACAUCCUCCGCGACACCGUCAUCUACUGCGCCGCGGAGCGGUACGGGCUCGAGGAGCUCAAGCGCCUGGCACUGCGCAAGCAGGGCCUGCAGUCCGGCGUCGACGUCGGCACCAUCCUGCGCUCCGCCCAGUACGCCUACGCCCACACCCCGGAUUCCGAUUCGCGCCUGCGCGCUCACUACCUCGCCCUCAUCAUCAGGUGUCGCAAGACAUUCAAGAGGAGCGGCACCAUGCAGACCGAGAUGGAGCGCGGCGGUAGCAAGCUCUUCUUCGACCUGUUCGUGGCCAUGUGCAACCACCUCGACGACGUCAUCGACCACUCAAACGCACGCACACCAAAGACCGUCUGA